AUGUCUGAUAAGCCUGGCCGCACCAUUCUUGCAUCUUCAAUUUCCAAGACUUACGUUGAUGAGAUCACCGCUAAAAUCAAUUCUCUCAAAACUAUCAGGCCCGAGGGUCCUCUUCUAGUCGGAUUUUUGGCCAACGAUGAUCCCGCGGCGGAAAUGUACGCCAAUUGGACUGGCAAAACGUGCGAGUCCAUGGGCUUCCGCUACGAGCUGAGAAGAGUGCAGGAAAAGGAUUUCUUAGAAGAGGCAAUCAUCGAAGCCAACAGAGACAAAUCCGUGGACGGUAUAAUGGUCUAUUUUCCAGUGUUUGGAAACGCCCAGGACCAGUAUCUACAACAAGUGGUAGCUCGUGAAAAGGACGUUGAGGGUCUGAACCACGUAUACUACCAAAACAUGUACCACAACGUCAGAUUUUUGGACGACGAGAAAAGCCUCAAAUCGAUUCUGCCCUGCACACCGCUAGCCGUGAUUAAAAUCCUGGAGUACUUGAAAGUGUAUAAUAACCUUCUGCCCGUUGGUAACAGGCUAUAUGGGAAAAAGUGCGUUGUGGUCAACCGCUCUGAAAUUGUGGGUAGACCACUUGCAGCUCUGCUAGCCAAUGAUGGUGCUGUCGUUUACUCGAUCGACAUCAACAACAUUCAAAGGUUCACCCGUGGAGAGGGUCUCAAAUUUCAGAAACACCAAGUCGAAGAUCUUGGGACAUACUCCGAUGCAGCACUCAAAGAAUAUUGCUCCGAUGCAGACGUUGUUAUCACCGGUGUACCAUCUGAAAGCUACAAAAUUCCCACCGAAUACAUCAAAGAAGGCGCUGUUUGCGUAAACUUCUCAUCCCACAAGAACUUCGACGACUCAGUCAAGAGCAAAGCAGCGCUAUACGUGCCCAGUACAGGAAAAGUAACAAUUUCCAUGCUUUUGAGAAACAUGCUAAGGUUGGUAGAGAAUAGACAAAAAUUGGGGCAGCUGUAG